CUGAUGUGACUUCCGACGAUAUUUCAUCUGCUGUAACCUUAGGCUCAGCUUGUCAACGGAGAAGACCACUAUCGAUUUUGCUGUUAAAUACCAGCAACGGUCUGAUUGAUCAACAGUAGAUAUAGGUAAGAACUCGAAGCUGGCUGUGACGGGGAUACAUCCAAAUAUGGAAGCCAGCAUGCUACUCUGACCCGGAAAUAGACUUGACGCUGUUGGUGAAACCAGGAACUGCAACCGAGCGAUAGAGAUACAUUGAUAAGCACCGCCCCGAGAUGGGCAAUCUUCUUCGUCUGAUCCUUCCCAAGGACUCCCCAAAGGACUCAGACUUCUUUGUCGAUUUUGAAAAUGCCCAGCCAACACCUCUGGAGAAGGUCACAUGGCAGAGUGUACAAUUGGUACUGAAUGAGGGUCAGUCUAUACUGAGGAGUGUACAGAGCUAUGCUGGAGCAGCAGAUGCUAUACGACAGGCGAUAUCCAAUCCUAGCAAUGAUGAACUACAGAAAACGGCCUGGUCCUCUGUCUGUCCCCUAGUGGAGAAACUCAAAACCUACUUUGAAUUCAGUGCACAACUAGAACAUGUGGUGCCUGUGUUAUUGUCGGACCUCUGCUCCAACGACAUGGUACCCCUGGAGCACCUCGAGUCACAACAAGCAUUAUUCAAACAAUUCGCUGAAAUAUUAGACUUUGUCCUCAGGUUUGACGACUUAAAAAUGACAAAUCCAUCAAUACAGAAUGACUUCAGCUACUACAGACGGACUCUUAGUCGAAUGAAGAUGGCAAAUGAGGACGAUAGCCACACUGAAAAUGUGGUGUCUAAUGAGAUGGCUAACAGGAUGUCACUGUUUUACGCUAACGCAACACCCAUGCUCAAGGUGCUGAGUGACGCCACCACCAGGUUUGUCACCCAAAACAAGGAACUGCCUGUGGAGAACACGACGGAAUGUCUGGGGGCAAUGGCCAAUAUCUGCAGGGUCAUGAUAGAGAAUCCAGAUUUCAAUGCCCGGUUCCAGAAUGCUGACACCAGGAUGUUCUGUAUGCGGGUGAUGGUGGGCGUGAUCAUACUGUAUGAUCAUGUACAUCCUAUAGGAGCUUUCGCCAAAAAUUCAUUAAUAGAUGUGAGAGCAUCAAUUAAAGUAUUAAAAGACCAACACAUAGGCAGAGUAGACGGAUUAUUAAACGCUUUAAGAUACACAACAACUCAUCUAAAUGAUGAAUCGACACCAAAGGCUAUAAAACAGAUACUGGCAGAAUGAGGCUAGAGCCACAGAUUGUGACUGUAUUUAGAUGUCUGUGAAUCAGAACCAACCGAGACAAGAUCUGUGGUCCUGUGGAGGAAGUUAUUUAGUGCUCCAAUAACAUUGUAAUGUGGUGUAAUCUUAAAACUAGGGGGACUUGCAGACUGACCAAUAUUAUGGUCAGUAUGGUUCAAAGGGCUGGUCAAAGGCUUCACUGUGUACUGUUGUUGAGUAUGACAGGCCUAGGGAGGUUCACCAUGUCAGCUCACUGGUCCAGCUGGCUACCUUGUUCAAGGGAUCUUUGUUUGGCCAAGGCAUUUUGAUUCCCAAAAUAAAAUCUGGAUUUACAAAUUAACAUAUAAAAUUGUCUGUAAUGAGAUUGAAUACAAUUUUUGGGUGUUAGUAUAUAUCUCUUAUAGCCAGUUAAGCACAUUAUCAGAGUCGGAGACGACAAAGUUCCUCUGUACAACAACUUUACCGGUAGUGGUUCACUUCACUAAGUGGCAAUAUACUUUGACCAAUGGUGUGCUUCACUGUAAGAUGCAAGGGAAAUGUGAAAUCAUGAUCUGAAAAAGAGAAUAUUAUUAAACUCAACAGAAAUUAACAGAGAACAUUGCUACGCUGAACAGAAAUGGCAGCAGAGUCUCCUUGAGAGUUGAUCAUUCCACUAGUCUAGUUGGAGCUCUUUUUUUCUUUUCUUUUGCAAAACAAAUAUUCAUAAUUAUUGUAUAGAAUCAUCAAUUAUCACCUAUCAUUUUUCAUUGAAUACCAAGUUUAGAUCAUAUUAAUAUGAAAAUGUGGAAAUAUGUAUGCAUUGUGAAUAAGUUAAAGACUGUUGCAGGAUCCCAACUGCAGUCUAAAAUCUUAAAUAUCAUUGACAAUUUAAAAUUUGUUUUUAUAUGCCUUUCAAAAUGUUAACAGGACGAAUGAUUGUUAUGGGGAGCAUCCGCCUGUUUGUCCACACUUUGGUUUCCGCAAGAUAACUUGUUUAAAAAUUCAUUCAAUUUUUAUGAAACUCGGUAUGCAUGUACAUUAUACAAAGACUGAGGCUAAGGUUGAACUUGAGCAAAAUCCAUGCACACUAAAAAAUCAUACUGUUUUCUGACUCGUCAAUUUCCAAACUUGAGUUUCCGCAAGAUAACUUGUCUAGAUAUUCUUCACUUUUGACGACACUUGCUGUGCAUAUACAUUACAUGAAGUUUGAAAUUGAGCAAAAUCUGCGCUUAGUUUAUUAGCGUCCUGAGCUCUGAUAGAUCAAUUUCAAAACCCAGUUUUCCACAAGAUAUCUUGCUUAAAUGUUGCUUGAUUUUGAUGAAGCUUGGUAGUCAUGUACAUAAUAUAAAUACUGGGUUAAGUUCAAAGUUGAACAAAUCUGUGCAAAAUUAAUUAGCAUACUGUGCUCUGAUUGGUUGAUGCUUACUGCACAUGACCAAACUCUGACGAAACUUGGUCAAUAUUCAUGUUAUACAGUGACAAAGGGUAAGCUAAAGGUGAGCAAAACCUGCACAUAAUUUAUCAGCGUAAUGCUGUCAGACUGGUUGACAGUUACUUCACAUAAUUUAUCAGCGUAAUACUGUCAGACUGGUUGACAGUUACUGCCCAUAAUUUAUCAGCAUAAUGCUGUCCGACUGGUUGACAGUUACUGCACAUAAAUUAUCAGCGUAAUACUGUCAGACUGGUUGACAGUUACUGCAUAUAAUUUAUCAGCGUAAUGCUGUCAGACUAGUUGACAGUUACUGCAUAUAAUUUAUCAGCAUAAUGCUGUCAGACAGGUUGACAGUUACUGCACAUAAUUUAUCGGCGUAAUGCUGUCAGACUGGUUGACAGUUACUUCACAUAAUUUAUCAGCGUAAUACUGUCAGACUGGCUGACAGUUACUGCACAUAAUUUAUCAGCAUAAUGCUGUCCGACUGGUUGACAGUUACUGCACAUAAAUUAUCAGCAUAAUGCUGUCAGACUGGUUGACAGUUACUGCACAUAAUUCAUCAGCAUAACGCUGUCAGACUGGUUGACAGUUACUGCACAUGCACAAUACCUUAGUCAAAUAUGAUCGGAUUCUGAUUGGGCUAGGUCAAUAUUUACACUUGGUCUAGUGAAAUCUGCCAGUAGUUAAGAAAAGUAGAAACAUCUUUGGUGUGCGAUGAACUGAUCAUUGGCAAAAAUCAAUUUCAAUUUCCUGGUUGAAAUAUAUACAAAAGGAGACAUUUCCUAUGAAAAUCAACUUUUUAAAGGUCAUAAAAGCUGUAGGAAAUAUCUCUAUUCCUACAGCUUAAGUUCAUCUAGUACAGUAGGUUUUCUCCUUUCACCACAUUCCAGCAAAAGUUUACUGAGUUAUACAGUACAAAUGUUGAUUCUUGUCACAUUUCCAUAUCAAUAUACAUUUAGAUACGAUAAUGCAUCAGAAGGAUUAAGGUACAUAUGUCAGAUUAGUAUGGCACAUGUGUAUAUUGUUCUGCCCUGCCGUACUCUGUUUUCUUUUCCCUUCGAACAUUUAUAGAAAGUGUCAAUAAUUGUUUCCACUCAUUACAACUAUGCAGGUUUUUUCUCAGGAAGCCUGUAGAUGCUUAAUAGCUUGCUAUAAUUCUAAAUACCGAGCUAUAAUUCUUAAAAUACCAACAUGCUAUAAUCCAUUGAAAAAACUAUGUUGUUUCAAAGAUGUGCUACAGUUUGACCCCUGAACUUAAACUUAUUGGACAUAACUCAAGUUUUGAAUGUACACAAAACAAGCUACUAGUUUUUGUGUGAUGUUAAUCUAAAUAUCAUGUGGAACCAUAUAGAAUGUCAAUGGCAGUGUCUGUUUGUCUAUGUUGUCUAGCUCAAUGCGUAUCAUAACUCGAAAUCUAGCUCUUUUUAACAUGAAAUUAUCUCCAGCUUAUUUUGUUCAUUUCUGUCUUUUGUCAUGAGAGCGUUUCAGAGAAAAAUAAGUAUCGUGGGAUUAAACAGCAAAGUUUCUUGUGUUGUGGAAAGCCAGAUGGGACAUCGGGAAAAAGGUGACCAUAUGUUCAGCUGUAAUUUGAGAGUGAGGUACAGGGUCCAUAGGGUAUCUUCUCUACUGUAUACAUGUGGUAUUUCAGGUCAUCAUUAAAUUCUUUCGCAGUACAAUUUGCAAAGUGUUGAAGAACAGUGAAAAUCUUGUUUGAUACUAUAUCAGCUUUGUAACUUUAUGUAACGAUCGGAUACUGUUGCGUUAUAUACAUGUACUAUAUUACCUAUUAUGUAACUAUCGGAUACUGUAGUGUGACUUGAUUAGACAUAUGGUCUAUUUUACCUGUGUUUGUAUUUGACCACUGUAUUUCUAGGGUAUGCUCAGGAUUGAAAACUAUCUGCGGCGUUAAUUAUCUAGAACUGUAUUUCCUAUUUUGAUAAUAGUGACAGCUUUACUUGAGUCGACCUUGUAAACCAUAGAUAUAUUUUGUGACUUUUGAGAAAAAUAAAAGGGUAACAUGACUGAAGCAUGAAAUGCUUGGUGACAAGUCUUCAGGUAACUUCUUGAAGAUGUAGAUAGAUAGGGUAAUCCAUUUUUCUAUACAAAAUACUAAUUGAAACUUAAACAUGAUAAAAAUGGUCAGUCUUAGUACCAAUAUUUCCGUCUCAUGGACUUCUUCAAGGGCGAAAGUUGAUGGCGAAUUUAUAUUUUCACUUAGUUAAGGACUUUGUAUGCAAAACAUUUUUUUAAUUUACAUGAAUGUACAAAAUUUUCAGAUACAAUGUAUUUUAAUCCUGUUGUGUUUUCAAAAAAUCUCUAUGUUAUUUGCUAUUCUUAAAAGAAUUGUUCUUGUUAACAUUCCAUUUGAUGGUUUUAAGAAUGGUUAAUGACGGAAAAGGUUGAGGUAGGAACAGAUUCAAUGACUAAUCCGUUGGUCUGAUUUGUUUGAAUGACAAUAUAUGUUUGCAUUUCAAAUGUAGAUUCUGAGUGAAUUUUGAAUACAUAUCUAAUGUCUGUACUGUGUAUGAGGAAGCUUGAAUUAUGUACAUUUGCAGUAUUUGUUAAAACUCCUACCACACCACACAGUGGUAGGUAGCCCAGUGGUAGCAAUAAUCUGAAUGUAGAGGGUAAAGCAUUACCCUAAAUUGGGAUUUUUUUACAUAGGUUUAUUUUUGUGAAUUUCUUGAAAGUAGCUGUAGCUUAAUUUUUACUUGUUUAUUUAUUCAUUUUGUUUGUUGCAAAUUUGGAUUAUCCGCAAAUAUUGAUUACUGUAAAAAUAUCUUAAUUUGAGUUUUUGAUCGAGUUGCACUUCCGAGAUCAUCUGAUGGGUACCAUGAUUGGCGGCGUAAUUUCCAAUUUUAGCGAUAAAAUGGUGUAAUGUCCUCUCUUUAUCUACGUAUUCUUUUUCUCAUGUUUACUAAUUAACCCAGUCACAGACAUGGUCGUUAGCUAUAAUAUCGUUGUCAAGAUGGGUCAAACAGUGAUGGUCUGUCUGUUCAAAAUAGGAUAAUAUUGACAUGUUGACAUAUUAUUCCUCUGCUGGACCGCUUGGUAGUGAAAGAGGCAUAAAUCCACUCAAACAAAUAUGGUCUAAAGUUUGUGAAAUGUGCUGGUCAGCAAAAUUGCCUAUUAUGUCAGUAUCAGACUAUACUAUUGUAUACAAUUCAAAAAGGGUAGAAGGGUACACUCAGAAAUAUUUGUAGAUGUGGAUGUUGACUCGGCGAUAUUCCUAUACCCCCAUUCUAGUAAAAUCUUCUUUAUUGAUUCACGGUCAUUAUUAUAUACAGUCAUGACAUUUUUAGAUGUUUAAUUUUUGCCAAUUUGAAUCUUGUGUGUAAUAGGCAAAAAGAUUACCACAGUAAAAAUAUCCCAAUUUAUGGUACAUAAUAUUCUUAUAAUCUGAAGGUAUAGGGUCUUACAUAGGCCUGUACACGUUUACUGUUCCAUUUUGAACAAGGCACUUAUAAGCUUUUCAGUAGUACUUGAUCAAGGUUUGUGUCUUUGGCUUUCAACUCAAAAAGCAAUUAUCAAACAUUCAGUUGAAAAUUUUACUUAAUACCAUUUUUGGGAAGAAAAACAUUGAUAAAGUUCAGUAUGAUUACAUACAGAGAAAAUUCAAGUUAUAUAUAAUAAAUAGUAAAUCAAGUGAAUGGCAGACCUUAAAAGUAGACGGUGAAAACUAAUUGAUAACAAGAACCAAAGCCAAGAGUGAUGUUGGUCUUUCAGUUGGUAAGCAGAUGAUGAAACACAUGGUUUCUGACCAUUAUCUAAACACAUGGUUUCUGACUAUAGAUAAGUACCUUAACACAUGGUUUCUGCCUAUAGAUAAGUACCCAAACACAUGGUUUCUGACUAUAGAUAAGUAACUAAACACAUGGUUUCGGACCAUUAUCUAAACUCAUGGUUUCUGACUAUUGAUAAGUACCUAAACACAUGGGUUCUGACCAUAGAUAAGUACCUAAACACAUGGUAUCUGACUAUGGAUAAGUACUUAAACACAUGGUUUCUGACUAUAGAUAAGAAACUAAACACAUGGUUUCUGACUAUUGAUAAGUACCUAAACAGAUGGUUUCUGACUAUAGAUAAGUUCCUAAACACAUGGUUUCUGGCUAUAGAUAAGUAACUAAACACAUGGUUUCUUACUAUUGAUAAGUACCUAAACACAUGGGUUCUGACCAUAGAUAAGUACCUAAACACAUGGUAUCUGACUAUGGAUAAGUACUUAAACACAUGGUUUCUGACUAGCGAUAAGUAACUAAACACAUGGUUUCUGACCAUAGAUAAGUACCUAAACACAUGGUUCCUGACUAUAGAUAAGUAACUAAACACAUGGUUUCUUACUAUUGAUAAGUACCUAAACACAUGGGUUCUGACCAUAGAUAAGUACCUAAACACAUGGUCUCUGACUAUAGAUAAGUACCUAACACAUGGUUUCUGACUAUAGAUAAGUGCCUAGACACCUGGUUUCUGACUA